AUGUCUUGGCCAUUGCCAGAUCGGGUCUUCCUGCCAGAUAUCAGAAAGGAAGGUUUCUGGGCAAGGCGGGCAGACGUGGGCACAUUCGGGCACUGCAUGUCUGCACUCCAGUUAGGACUCCAGUUGCUUGCAAAUCUGGUUGCUCUGUGUUGCUCUCUCGAGGGUGGCUUUGCAAAGUGCUACGAAGUCCAAGAUCUGGAGACCAAGGAGAUCUUUGCGGCCAAGAUAGUCUCGAAGGCGUCGAUCACGAAGCCUCGAGCCCACGCCAAGCUCAGGUCUGAGAUCGCAAUCCAUCGCGAGCUCAGCCAUGAUAAGGUUGUGAAGUUUUAUGACUACUUCGAGGAUUCCGAUCAUGUUUACAUCAUGCUGGAGCUUUGUCCAAACCAGACCCUGAACGAAUUCAUGCGUCGUCGUCCCACCAAGAGACUUGCAGAGCCGGAGGCCAUCUUUUACGUCUACGAGCUCAUAGUCGCCCUGCAGUACUUGCAUCGACGACGAGUCAUUCACCGCGAUCUGAAGUUGGGGAAUCUCUUUCUCGACCACGCGAUGCGCCUGAAGGUUGGCGACUUUGGCCUAGCAGCACAACUUGAGUACGAUGGCGAAAGAAAGCGAACCAUCUGUGGUACUCCAAACUACAUUGCGCCGGAAAUCUUGGAAGGUAAGUAUGGUCAUUCCUUUGAGGUCGACAUUUGGUCUUUGGGCGUAAUCAUCUACACGAUGGUUAUCGGCCGCCCACCAUUUGAGACGUCCGACGUGAAGACUACGUACAAGCGGAUACGGAUUAACCAGUACAGCUUCCCAGAUUCCGUGCGGAUCUCGCCACAGGCCAAGGAUCUGAUAGGUCGCAUUUUGCAGACCGAUCCCGGGAAGAGACCUAGCCUUGAAGACAUUCUCAACUCUUCCUGGUUUCGUUCCAGCCGCGUGCCGCCGCUGAUGCCGGACAGUGUUACUCACUGCUCUGCAUCGCCACGAAUGCAGGCAGCCUGCUUGAAUUACGCCGGGCUGACACCUACCUCUGCGCGCCAGCCAGCGUUGUCGCCUCUAGCCAACGCCAUACCGAACACACCGGGCAGAUGCCAACAAGGUCGACCGCCCUUGGCAGUACGAGGCAACAAGGAGAACAUUGCACCGAGUUGUCUCAAUCACGACGUCAAGGAGAACGGUUUCAUGGGAAGGUUCAUGCCGACUCUGACUGCAGCCACUUGUGGCUGCAGCGGAGUUGCUUCCAACAAGACGCUGUCCUCUGCCAGGCUUGGUGACAGCGCCAGGAUCCUCGAUAGCCCCACAGCAACAGGCUUGGGCGCUCCAGGUACUGCUGAGCUGGAGAUAGGAGGCUGCAGCGCCAGGCGGCCGUCCCCUCGUGUUGCUUACAGGGAUACUGGAAGUUCUUCACCGGCGCUUCGCUUUGAGGCCACGCCUCGACAAGAGAAAAGCACCCACAACUGUGGGCUUAACCAUCUCAAUUUCGAGGUGCCACAGCCUCGCGCCGAUGCUCAACCUAGAGAGUGUCGUCGGGCUCAAUCUGAGCGGCCCGAACGACCACAGGAAGUGAGCCCUUCCUUGCCAGAUAUUUGGGUAACGAGAUGGGUGGACUACGCGAGCAAGUAUGGUGUUGGAUAUGUUCUGUCCGAUGGCUCCAUUGGAGUGCAUUUCAACGAUUCUACUAAAAUUGUCCUGGUCCCAAGUGGCUCGCACUUUGACUAUGUGACGCGCAGAACACAAGAAAAGGCAGAAGAGCGGACAACCUACAACUGGGAGGCGUAUCCCGAGGACCUGAAGAAGAAGGUCACACUGCUGCGCCAUUUCAAGAACUACAUGAUGACGGACAUCUUGGAAAGGAAGGACGGGGCAUCUGCCGGGGAGUCUAGCCUCAAGCCUCCGGCAACAGCAUCCAAGGCAACAUAUGCGCCUGGUCAAGUGCCUUUCGUCAAGAAGUGGACACGCAACAAACAUGCCAUCAUGUUCCAGCUGAGCAACAAGACCGUUCAGGUCAUUUUCUUUGACAAAACGGAGGCAGUGCUUUCAUCUCGGUCACAUCUUGUGACCUAUGUGGACAAGAAGGGGCAGGUGCAGGCCUACCCCCUGACAAAUGUCUUGGACGUGCCCAGCGCGGAGCUUGCAAAGCGGCUUCGGUACACCAAGGAUGAUCUAUCAUGUUUCAGAAAGCAUCAGUUGACGCUCAAGUCCACAAAGCACAUACAGUAA